UGUAGAUCGGGGAGUCAGAAGGGUGGGAAAACCGGCGGGAGAGGAGGGCGGCGCCACGGGGGGGCGGCGCGAGGCUGACUCAUCCCUCCGGGCGCUGAGUGACAGUCGCAGACCCUCGCCGAGCGCCCGCUCCCGUGCCCGCGCUCGCUCCGCUCCUCCUCAGCCGGGAGGCGCCCGCCCGCACGCCCGCCCGCCCUGAGCUCCGCGGGCCCGGGCUCCGGAAAGUUUGUCGGGUCGGAGGGCCGGAGCCCCGCGGCCCCGGGGGCAAGAGCGGGGGCCCGCGGCGUGCAUGGUGCCCGGCGCCGCGGCCGCCAGUCCGGAGGAGCUCGGGGCGGGUCGGGCUGAGCCCAGCGCCUCCCCUCGGCCCCGGCCCCGGCCCCGGCUCGGCGGGGCCACGCUCCGCCCGCCAUGUCCCGGCUGCUGCCGCUGCUGAGGUGCCGGCCCGCGCGCUGCCUGAGACCGGGCCCAGCCGCCGCUGCCUUCGCGCCCCGCCCGCCGCCCUGGUGCAGCGCCCGGCGGCUGGGCACACACCCCAAGAAGGAGCCCAUGGAGGCGCUGAACACGGCGCAGGGCGCGCGCGACUUCAUCUACAGCCUGCACUCCACCGAGCGCAGCUGCCUGCUCAAGGAGCUGCACCGCUUCGAGUCCAUCGCCAUCGCCCAAGCAUGCAGAUAUCCAAAACCUGAGAUUGUCAUUGUGAAGCGUGCAAAGGAGAUAUCAGCAGAGAGCCCUGAUAGUUUUGAAAAGUUGGAAGCUCAACCACCCACCCCAGGACAGCUGAGAUAUGUAUUCAUCCACAAUGCGAUACCUUUCGUAGGGUUUGGCUUUUUGGAUAAUGCAAUUAUGAUUGUUGCAGGAACCCAGAUUGAGUUGUCUAUUGGAAUUAUUUUGGGAAUUUCAACAAUGGCAGCUGCUGCUUUGGGAAAUCUUGUGUCAGAUUUAGCUGGACUUGGACUUGCGGGCUAUGUCGAAGCUUUGGCUUCCAGGUUAGGCUUGUCAAUUCCUGAUCUGACACCAAAGCAAGUUGACAUGUGGCAAACGCGUGUUAGUACACAUUUGGGCAAAGCUGUUGGAGUGACUAUUGGCUGCAUUCUAGGAAUGUUCCCUUUGAUAUUCUUUGGAGGAGGUGAAGAAGAUGAAAAACUGGAAGAGAAAAAUUAGUCUGCUUAGAAUACCUAUAAAAAGAUGUAAACUAACGUACCUCAGUUAUUAGACACGCUGUCACGACAUUUAAGUGUUAAGACAGAAACCUUGUAUAGAUAUGGGAUCAAAUAAUUCAGCAUGUAUUAUGGAAAACACUAACUUAUUGUGGCUUGGUCUUUGUAGGACAUCUUUUUUUAAAAAAACUAUUUAGUAUUGUUUUGUGUAAACUAUUGAAAUGCUUUUUCAUCAAUGGCAGUCAGCAUUUUCUCUUCUUCUGUUUCUUUAUAUAUCAAAGUAUUUAAGUUUCAGCCAUUGUACUGUACUGACUUGGGUUUGCUUCUUUGUUACUUAGCCAUGUGUACAUGAAUGAAAGUAUUCGUUGUUGUUGUCAUUUCCUGAUAGAUGCGAUUCAACCUUAAGAUUUUUUUCAAAUUUCUUAAGGUUAUUAUCUGUUAGAGAUUUUUUUACUCUUUUUGGCAGCAUCAAUUUUGUACUGUUUCACAGUAAACAUUUACAAUCAUAUAAUUUCAGUAAUUUUCUUAACUCACAUCUAUUCAAAAUGAAUGCAAAUUUUAAGCAUAUAUUGCUCAUUUUAAUUUUCUGGCCAUAGUGUCUUAAGAACCAGAAGUUAAUUAGAAAGAAAUUAUGUAGUCUCCAUACAACCAUACAUGCUAACAAGUGUACUUACUUCUAGUUGAUUUUUUUACCUUUAAUUUCCCUAAACUGAAUAAUAUGUGUGAGUUCGGACUGCUGAACAAAAGAAAAUGGUUACUUUAAAAUCUUUUAGAAUAAGAAUUAUAAAAUAGAAGGAUCUAAGAAAUUGGACAUGGCCCUUGGAAUUUAAGAGGCUAAGUUUUUUUUAAUGAAGUAGAGUUGGAAAUUGCCAAGGUUAUAGGUAGUAAAGCUAAAGUAGUGUUUGGAAAGUGACUGAGAUGCAGGUUGUAUUGCCUGGGAAGGUUCCUCCCACCCUCAAAGUGUUAUCUUCCAUCUCAUCUGAAUAGAAUGGAUCUGAAUACUCCAUUAUAGUUUCAAUGUUUAGUGAACUUAAUUUCUGGAUAGUUUCUUUUAAAGUGAAAACUGUCGUGUAUUUUGCUUUUUUAGUGUAUAAUGUAGUCAAAAGUUACAUGAAGAGAAGUAUUUUCUCCCAUGUUCAAUCUUUUUCUUCUUUUGUGCAAGUGCUUAAGGCAUAUGCUUGGUUGAAGUUGCUUGUUUCCAGUCUUGUAUAUCUAACCUCCAUGUAAUCAUGUAUGCCUCACAGACUUUAAACCUUUUAAGUUUUUUAGCAUUUUAUCCUGAUGCUCCUGCUAGAAAUUUACUUCUGUUCAUAACAGAGUAAAUACAUCAUGGAAAAGAGAAACAAACUAUAAGUUACUGUUUUGGUUAUUAAAACCAUUUAUGUCGCUAAGUAGAUACCAGGGAAGACAAACUUAUCGAAUGACUAUCUUUAUAGGAGUAUUAUUUUGAAGUUUCAUUUAAACGUAAUUAUUCUCAACUCUUGUUUUCAGGGAAGAUUUUUUUUCACAAGAAAAUGUAUCAUAAAUUCUCUUCUCUGGACUUCAGAAUGAUUUAGUGAUAUCCAUUAGUUAUGAAUUUUGAGGGAAAAGGAAAAUGCACAAGAUAAAAUAAAAUAUAUAAAAUGCUUAUUAUGCAAAAUAGUGUGACAUGCUCAUUUGAUUAAAUUAGGAUUAUAUAACUUGAAAUCUUAAAAUUGUGUUUUAUGUCUUCCAUGUAUCACAUAUGAACACCAAAAAUAUCUUUUAAAUUUCAGAUUUUCAGUCUAUCAAAUUAUCAACUAUCAAUCCUAUCAGGAUUAAAGUGCUUAAUUUUUUUGGUAAAUGUGUAAAUGCUUUUGCCCCUAACUUUCUGUUUUUACAAUUUUUUUUACUGUGGUGCUUAACUUCUUAUUAAGUCCCAUAUCCAGGAACUUGACCUGGAAGUUUAGACAUAACUUUUGUUUUCUUUUUUUGUUCUUAAAAAUAAUCCAGUUGUACUAUUAAUGGGAUUUAUAUUAUUAACAGACUAGUUAUCAGAAUCUGUCAGUUUAAUUGAAACUGCAGAAUUAUUUAAGUUGCCAAAAUAUGGAAUGUAGAACCUUAAAACUGAAAGAUAUUUUAUAGUCACAAUAAAAAAUUUGAAUCAUAUAGAGAAUUGAUUUUCAAAAAAUGAAGCCCUAUGGUCAUUAACUGGUGGAAUACAUUUUUCAAGAUCUAAUUCUGCUGUAAUACGGUGCUUUGCACAAGUGAUUUUUGAAAAUCGGUUCCUUUUAAGCUAAUGAUAUAUAAUUAUUGUUUCGUGCUACUUACACCAAGAAUCUUACUUCAGAAUGAAACUGGAAGUCCUUGUUUCUCAUAUUAAUUGUUUCUCUCUUAUCAGCACUAAGACUAUGGUAAAUGAAACAUGAAUUGCUUACACUGUUCAUUUGAAACUCGCGUUGUCCGUGGGCUAUGAUUUAUUGACUUGUUGAUGCAUGUGAACUGGGUGCAUUUUGUUGUCGCUGUAUGUUAAAUGGUGACCAAUGUUUUUACAAAAGAAUUGAAUAACAACAACAAAAAAAGAAUCGAACAAAAAAAGUCUUUUAAGAAAUUUGGGAUGUGGUUUUCAUUUUAAAGUUUGAUUUUUUUAAACUAGUCUCAGAGGGCCUUUGAUAUUCUGUUGCUAAAGGAAAUUAGGUUUAAUAAAUGGAGAUUUGUUACAAGA